GACCCGAAACAGGAAACACGUCGUAGUUGCGUCGAGCGGAGACUGCAGCGUAAAAUAGUCAUUUGAAUUGGCCACAAGGUGCACAAGGAUUUGCUAGAGAAAAUGAAACUGUCCGGCUUUAGGCAGUCCUUGUCCAGGGUCCAAGGAUUGGGCAAUGGCAUCAAUGGAACUCUGAUUUGCUCAGCGCUCCUAGCACUUUUGGUGACCGCCGCCCAGGGAUUGCAGGUUGGUGUCUUUACCACGAAGACACCGCGGGUCAGCAAGUACACAACCAAAUCACCAUCGGCCUCCUCCAUGAACCACGAUGCCACCGCCUCGCUGUAUCGAUUUAAUGCCACCAAUGGCAUUACCUGCAUCCUGAUGCAGGUGGAUGGGCUCAUAAGCAUCAAGUACCGGAACAAGCUCAACGAGGAUGUGGAGGCCGAUCUGUAUAUGCCGGACGAUCCACAGCUGAGUGGCGAGUGCGUCGAGUCCAACAUGGAGAUUCUCACCAUGGACUUUAAGGGUUUCCGGCUGUCCAUGACAUUUAAAAAGUCGUCCGGCGGCGAGGGUUGGUACAUCAACCUAUUCGAACUGACCUACUCAUCCUCCAACUGGCUGUUCGAGCACCCUGAUCGCCCCAACUUGGAUGUGAAGCUAACUUCACCCGCCCAGACGCCCAUGUAUUUCCCCACGCCGGUGGGCAAAUCCUAUGUGUGCGACAAGGAGCAGACUGUGAUCAUGUACGCCCCGCACGAUUCCGGCGACCAGUCGGGGCACAUAGCCAAGUUAUAUCUGCGCGACAUGCACAUGCAGAGCUUCAUGUUCAAGGACAGCGGCAAGUGGGGCCCUUCCUUCCACUGCAGUGCCACAGGAUCCUAUCGCGAUGAGACGGCGCCUUUGGCCGUGGGUACUGCCCUCGCCAUUGCCGUACUGCUGACCAUUUCCGGAUACGGUGGUUGGAGGUACUUUAAAAUCAAGAAGGUCCAGUACGGUUCCAUGGAGUGAGCAGAGAAGUCCCAAGUACCAAGUGAAGCGUUCGUUUUCGUUCAACUAUUUGAUCAUAUCGUUGUCUACACAUAUCCCCCACGUUUGUUGGAUCUAUUGCAAUCCUGUAGUCCUAUUUUUAAACUUUAAGAGUCAAAAUUAAGCGUUGUCCCCCGGCAAAUAAUGAGAUUAACAUUUACGAGAGAUUAUCGAAAUCAACUAAAGAUACAUAUAUGAGAAAUGCAAAUGUCUUCCAUAUUGUUAAUGUAUAAAAUAAUAGCACACCAUAUAUGAUUAUUAAAUGUUAAUAUAUAUCAUUA